CUAUAACUAGCAGCAUCUUUUCCCUCUAAAACAUAUAGUUGAUUUUCUCCACUCACUCUAUCAUAUUAUCACCUUUCACAUCUAUACAUAUCUCGUAGUUUAUACUAUCACUUCGUGCUAGAUAUCCAAGCCUAGCUAUGCUGAAUCACUUUGCCACAAAAUGCCUUUUCGCUCUUGUAUUAGUUUCUGAAAUAUCCACUGGAGUAAUGGGAGAAGUAGCGGUUGAAAUGAUCAGAGCGCCUGAUUUGAAAGCGAGACAGCUCUUUCCUUCCCUUUCUUCGCCCGCACUCAGUUCCACUCCAAUACCAGUGUCCACAACCAGCAAUAGCCUGUUUUCAAGCUUUACUCCCAUUGUAACGUUGACUGGGCCAUCGUCAUCGUCUUCGGCCAUCUUAUCUUCCAUCAGCACAGCUGUUAUUCCAUCUACUAGUGUAGUGCCAAGCACCACCUCCAGCUUACCACCAACCACAACUUCCCGCACAUCAUCCAUUAUGACCAGUUCAUCAAUUGCACCUGUUACCUCCACGACUCUUGUCGCCUCCUCCUCAUCCGCUUUACCCACUCCAACUGCUCAGCCACAAAACUCUGGAAGUUCCAUGUCGCCAAGCACCACCAAAAUUGUUAUAAUCGUAUGUUCUACGGUUGGUGGAGUGCUCGUCCUAGCACUUAUUGGCAUGGCUUGGCGUAGAUGGGGCCGAAGAAGAAAGGACUAUGGAUGGGACGAGGAUGACUUCUUUGGUACCCCUCCUCCACCACCUCAACAUAUGCCUCAACCUCAAAUGAACCAAUAUAACUACAACCACCAUGACCCUUUCAAGAUGACCUUGGAUCAAUAUCAUCGUAAUAACUAAGUUACAGCUCUGAUUAUUAUGGUGACUAUCCGUGGUAGUAGUGCGGGGGUUCAACUGUCAAAGAUACUCUACUCCAACUUCUGUUGUAAUGUGUUCAAAUGU